GCAAUCAUGAGUGUCGUGGUUCAGGUGAGAUUCAGAGCAAAUAUCAGCAGUAACAGUGUGAAGAUCAGUCAGAAUAUGAUGCUGAUUCAACACUCGUCCAUCAUGCAGUGAUAUAGUGUCAGUCAAAUAAACACUCAGCCAAUCAGAUCAGAGGAAGUGAACAAACACAGGAAGAGCUGAUAGUAUUUAAAGAAAGAGAUGUGAGCAUAUAAUGAAGAGGAAGACUGACAGAAAGAGAAAAUGGCUGAUAAGUGUCAUUUGUGUCUGCUGGGACUGAUCAUUCUCUCUUCACUUCUCACAGGUACCAGUGGAGAGAAUGUGACUCAUGUGUUCAUCAGUUCUGGUGAAAAUGUCCGUCUGCCCUGUAAUAAUCAUCUUCAUGACUGCAAAUCAACUACAUGGACUUAUAACAAUAAUUCAGCAGCAGUUGAACUGAUUAUGUCAGGGAAAAGGAAGACAGACACAGAGGGUCAUGAGAGACUGAGUCUGGGGUCUGACUGCUCUCUGAACAUCAACAACAUCAUAAAAGAAGAUCAUGGACUUUACACCUGCCGACAAUAUGUGAAUGACAAACAACAAGGAACUGAUGCUUUUGUUUAUCUGCAUGUUCUUCAUGUCUCUUCAUCAUCCUCACAGACUGAGAUCAGUGCAGGCAGCUCUGUGACUCUCUACUGUCAGUUGUAUUCAUUUUUACAUACUGGAGUCUCUUGUGAUUAUUGGAUCCGUUCUGAGGGAAUUCAUCUGUUUUGGGUGAAUCAGACUGAUGUUAAUCUGACAAUAUCAGACUCCAGAUAUCAGAUAUCAGCUUCAAGACACUGUAUCGGCACUGUGAAUACAACACUCCUGAAUGAAGAUGACAACAGAGAGUGGAGAUGUGAAGUUACUCACAGAAAUCAAGUCAAGACCUCAGUCACAUAUACUGUCAAGAGUUCAGGUACCAGUGGAGUGAAUGUGACUCAUGUGUUCAUCAGUUCUGGUGAAAAUGUCCGUCUGCCCUGUAAUAAUCAUCUUCAUGACUGCAAAUCAACUACAUGGACUUAUAACAAUAAUUCAGCAGCAGUUGAACUGAUUAAUUCAGGGAUAAAGAAUAAAGACAUCGAGAGACAUGAGAGACUGAGUCUGGGGUCUGACUGCUCUCUGAACAUCAACAACAUCAUAAAAGAAGAUUAUGGAUCUUACAUCUGCCGACAAUAUGUGAAUGACAAACAACAAGGAACUGAUGCACGUGUUUAUCUGCAUGUUCUUCAUGUCUCUUCAUCAUCCUCACAGACUGAGAUCAGUGCAGGCAGCUCUGUGACUCUCUACUGUCAGUUGUUUUCAUAUACUGGAGUCUCUUGUGAUGAUUGGAUCCGUUCUGAGGGAAUUCAGCUGUUCUGGGUGAAUCAGGCUGGUGUUAAACUGACAAUAUCAGACUCCAGAUAUCAGAUAUCAGCUCCAGGACACUGUAUCAUCACUCUGACUACAACACUCCUGAAUGAAGAUGACAACAGAGAGUGGAGAUGUGAAGUUACUCACAGAAAUCAAGUCAAGACCUCAGUCACAUAUACUGUCAAGAGUUCAGAUACAAAUCCAUUAAACUACAACAACACCGUUUCCAAUAAAGGAACCAGUGGAGUGAAUGAUGAUCAUGUGUUCAUCAGUUCUGGUGAAAAUGUCCGUCUGCCCUGUAAUAAUCAUCUUCAUGACUGCAAAUCAACUGUAUGGAUCUAUACUAACAGAUUCAGACAUUCAGCAUCAGUUAAACUGCUUUUUUUAGGGAUAAAGAAGAAAAACACAGAGAGACAUGAGAGACUGAGUCUGGGGUCUGACUGCUCUCUGAACAUCAAGAACAUCAUAAAAGAAGAUUAUGGAAUUUACACCUGCCAACAAUGGACAGAUGUGAAUGGACAACACCAAAAACAAGCAAAUGAUACACAUGUUUAUCUGCAUGUUCUUCAUGUCUCUUCAUCAUCCUCACAGACUGAGAUCAGUGCAGGCAGCUCUGUGACUCUCUACUGUCAGUUGUUUUCAUAUCCUGGAGUCUCUUGUGAUGAUUGGAUCCGUUCUAAGAGAAUUCAGCUGUUCUGGGUGAAUCAGGCUGGUGUUAAUCUGACAAAAUCCAGAUAUCAGAAAUCAGCUUCAAGACUCUGUAACAUCACUCUGAAUACAACACUCCUGAAUGAAGAUGACAACAGAGAGUGGAGAUGUGAAGUUACUCACAGAAAUCAAGUCAAGACCUCAGUCACAUAUACUGUCAAGAGUUCAGAUCCACCACAAACUGAAGACAGUUGGACUGUUGGAUCAAUAUUCAGAGUGAUUGUGAUUAUUGUUGAGUUUGCAGUGUUUGCUGCUCCUACUGUGAUUCUUCUUCAGAUCAUCUGUGCAAGAAGAGCUGGGAGGAAGAACUUACAGCACUGAGAGGAAAUAGUGAAUAAAAUACUCUCUACUAAUAAAAGACCAAAUUACAGCAAAAUGUAUCUUCAUCUCAAUGAUGUUAUGAAUAUUUGCAUACAGCUUUCAAGGAUAUUUGCCAUUUUCUAAACUUGAUUCAUCUGAGUGUUACAUUAAACUUUUUAAGACUUUUUACAUGUUGUAAUAGUUGAUUUUAACUGAUGGUGUGACAUGUCUCUUAAUUAUCAUACAACAUAUUUACAGAUGUAUCUUAAUGUUUUGAUUAAUUCACUGAUCAUUUCAAUUCAUGUUGGUGUGUGUUUCCCCGCUGUUCCUGUCUGGAGUUACCAUUUGUGGAGUUUAUU